AAGUGUCAUUAGUCUUUCAAGACGAUCGCACCAAUGCGUGAAUACGUCAGAUGGCGAUUUUUAAAUGUAAAUUGUUCUUUUCAUAUUCGUCGAAGAAUUUGGAAUAAACCGCGGUCGAAAUUAAGUUGCUCGAUAACACAAGCGAUGAACGAGAAGACAUGAACAGCUCGCAGAAUGGACUUCUUCGAUGGAUUUCAACAAACAAGUCUUACAUUGGGUAAAGAAUGUUUCCUUCUUGAUAAUUCAACAUCUUUCCAUUUUUACGAUUACAAUUAUAGCUGUUAGAUAUUAGAAAGCGGUAUGUCAUUUUACCAUACGAACUAAAAAGGUUAAUUCAAUCACCUUUCAACAGAUAUAGAUAAGCUUGUAAUGGUUAAUUGCUGUGGAAAAUAUUCAUUUUUCACCAUAUCAGACACGUUGCUUUGAAUGUCAAUUUGCCGUUAAAUCUAUUACUCUACAACGUAAUUUAUGGGAUUUCCUUUUGUAAGCAAGCUACUACAUGCUGCGUCAAUAUAUUGUGUUUGUGCUAGUUAUGGAUGUUUCUCUGCUCCGGAAAUUGAAAUUCGUUGCUUAGCUGGAUCAGAAAUUUAAAUUCAACAAGCGGGUGGCUUUUGUAUCGGAAAUUUUGCCAGUAAAGGCAGAGACGCACAUGAAAGAAAAGGGUUUUGAACAGCCAGGAACCCACAGUACCAGGUAUUCAUAAUUGUGGCAAUGGCUUGCUUUGUUAUUGGACACCUGUGAUAGCUUUUACAACUGUGAUUUUAAAAAGUAUUGCCUCUGUAAUUUUCGCCUUUAAAUCAUACUGUAACAUCCUAUGACUUCAACUGAUCAACUAUGACUUCCCUCAGAUCUUACCACCCUCAAACAACUAAAUACAGUCCUGUAAAGUAUGACAGCCCCAAAUGUUUGUGUUGUCUAAAGGGCUGCUUCAUUCUGUAUAUAUAUUUACUUGUAUUAUUAGUGGAAAGAGACAAAUACAAAUUUUGGACUUUUCUCAGUGUAAAAGUUUUAUGCUGGUCUUAACACCUCCAUGAAACUAUCCAACAGAUCAAUCCCUUACUACUGUUGGUAGUUUGUUCUGUGUGCAACUGAAAAAAUGUCCCUUUUUAACAGUUGCUCCCCUAAUUCAGCCAGUUAAUGAAUUGUGCAAACUGGAUUAAUGACUACUGUACAUGUUUGUUUACAAUACCAUUCCCAAUAUCAAGGAAAGAUUGUUGAGUAUUUUAAAUUUGUCCGGGCAUGAAUGAACUUACAAAUAAAAACUCAUUUUGGAUUGAUGGACAUCUUUUAAUAGGUAAUUCUUCUCAUUCACCAUUUCAAAGGCAAUAUGAAAUACCAUAUUUUGUUUUUAUUUUGGUGGAGGAAAGGGAACCAAAGUGCCAUUCCCAAUUCAGUGUUUUGCCUUCUGUCCAAAAUUACCUGUCUUAAUAAAGAUCCCAUUGGUAUCUCUUUCAGGUACAACCAUCCAGUUGGUGUUUUAGUGUUGUCUGUACUUGGACUGGUUGUCUGGAUUCUUGGUUAUAGGCUCAUAAAGGUAAAUAUUUAUGUACUUAAAAGACCACAGCUUCCUUGUUUCUCAUCUUUAGAGCAAAGCCAUGGCCAGCAGGACACAGAUGCAGGGUAGUUUAGUCCUAAUUAUGGCAAACAAAUUAUCAAGGCACCAAUCAGGUGAAAAAUUCAGUAAAUAAGUUUAAAUUAAGUCCCCCCCCCUUCCCAUUCCUUAGAGUCUUGAUCAGUUUGUAAGAAUCAUAUAAUUACAGAAGAGUCAUAAUUAAUAAUAACUUUUUUGUACUAUAUGUGUAUAUCUUCAUCAUUAGCCCAUUGUUAUUGUGGCUGCGUUUGCGUUUGCUGGUGUUGGAUUUUACUCCAUAAGUCCUGAUGUGUUUAGUACAGAAUUUUGUUGUGAUGGAAGCCAUAACAGAGAAGGUAAGAUAUUAUGUAAAUGUUACUUUGCAUUGACUGUCAUAAUUUCCUCAUUUUUUAAUCCUCUACUUGAAGACACUCUUAUGACCGAGUACAUUUUUCAAAACAAGGCCACAAUUUGAUUUAACAGAACCCUUUGGUUCAAACUGUAAAAAGUAAUUUCCUUUAUUUUGGACCUGUUCAAAAAUUUGUGCAUUAAUGUACAAACACCUGGACAAUGUAUUGUUUAACUUGUAUCAAUGUAAAUUUGCACAAAAAUUCUACCUAACUGUCUACCCCCCUCACCACCCCUUUAGAAAAGAAAAUCACUUGUAAGCAAUAAUUGUAAUGCAUAAUUACUAAAAAUAAGUAACUAUUUAUAGUAAGAGACCUUUCAGGUCUGUCAGGUGUAUAGCUCUCUGAAAUGACCAAAGUGAUCUAAUUUUGUUCGGUUUGUAUCAGUUCGCAUCUCCAUCAGCAUUAUCUGUGGGCUUCUAGCUGGAGCACUAGCCUGUUAUGUUUACAAGAUUGGUGUAUUCUGUAUGGGUUGCAUUGUUGGAUGGGUAAGCUUAAUACUGUAUCUACAAUUAGUCUACUUCAGAGUGUACAUACUGCCAUAGUGUUCCAUAAAAUACCUAAGAUACUAAUGAGCACCCUGCAGUUUGGUAAAAAGACAGAUUUAUUCUUCAUGGUUUUGGUGUUACAUUUUGGGAAAUGUGAGCUUUUAAUUUUACUCUGACAUUACUGAUCAUCAAAUAGAAUUUGCUGAUCAGUGUUGCUUGGUGUUGUCUUCUGUUGAAUAUUCAGAAGGUUUGACAAACCUCUCCUGCCAACCCAUAAAACAAAGUUUUAAUACAUAAAAAGCUGACCUACACCCUUAUUUUGACUGGUUCUUACUUAUGAUGAUCUGUUGGAGGACAGAUGUACAUGCAUGACAUCACCACCAACAGGAUAUUUUUGCUUUUAUAUUGUAUUUAUAUGAAACAAAUGGAUUCCAUAUUGCUGUGGGUCAGUAAAGUUUUGCAGUAGAUCACAGGAGAUGUCAAAAUGUGGUAAUAACUUUAACAUCAGUGACACACUUGGUUGUGCAUCAUGUGCCACAUUUUGAUGUUAUCUGUGAUCCGUUACUGAACAGACUCGCAUAACAUGAAUUCUAGUUAUUCUAGAGUACUGAACUGAUAAACUGUAUGUUUUGAUUGAGACCCACAACUCUUGGUCAUUGUUUCCUUCAAUCUUUCCUAUUUUCACAGGCAAUUUCUAUAGCAGUGGUCACUUUCUGGUUUUCCAAACACUUGACAAGGUAUGUUACAUGCAGUAUUGCAAACAGUACAGCUGACUCUCAUUAACCCUCUACACCCAAACAUCAAUAUGCACAUUCUCCAUACUGUUCUCUAUACAAUUCCUAAGGUACUGACUAUGGGAAUUUGCUAAAAAAUCUAGAACUUCCAUAGUGAUGAUCAUUCCUUUAAUUCUUGUUACCCUAAUGUUGGAUUCAGGGGUGAUAUUGUAAGGAGAAAUUAGAUGCUAAUCACUCAUGGUCUGUGGUGAGAGGAACAAUCAAGUGUCACUACUAUUUUGCAGCUUCUAUCUUCAUUCACUUCAAUUUUGUUCAGGGCUCAAAUUAAUGCUUGCAAACUUUCAAAAUGCCAGUGAGUUUGAUAAUCUGCAAGCGAGAAAAAUAUCCACUAGCAAAGGUUUGAUAGUUAGAAUCAUCCAUUCCCAAACAUGCAGUAAAUAGGUGGUGGCUGUCAUGACAAUGGCAAAGGAGACCAAACAUUUGAUACCUCUUUUAUUAAACUUUUCAGCACAUUAGUGGCCUGUGCAAAAUAUCAAUUCUAAUCUUUAUAGCAGAUAUAGUCAUUGACAUUUCAAGGGAAAGAAUUUGCUAGUGGUCUCACCAGUUUGCUAGUAGAAAAAAAAUCAUAUUAACAAAACUUUGCAAUUGGACUUAAAAGUUAAUUUCAAGCCCUGUUGUUGCUAUCAUCAUUCAUGACUAAAUUGUCAUAUUUUUAUUCCAGUGACUUGGCUUUCUAUGGUGUUUAUGGUGCUGCUGGUCUGGUAGUCGGAAUCCUUGCUGUCUGGCUAGAGAAAGUGUUUGUCAUUUGUGCAACAUCUCUCAUGGGAUCUCUCAUGUUUCUUCUUGGUGGGUAAUCAAAGUUGACAAAAGACCAGAAGUGAACCAAAAAAUCUGAUACACUGUAACUGUUGCCUUAAUUUAUCAUGAACUCAUUGAUCUAUAUGAUAAUCAUCUUGCUUGUACCAACUACAGUACCACUCACAUAUAUAUUAACCGAAAAAUAUGAAUUAAACAUGCCAAAAAUGACAUACAGUUGUGAAUAAAAAAAAUUGUGCACAUUAAAAAAUCGCACAUGCACACACAACUUUGAGACUUCAACCUCAUUAGUAUGUAUGAGGUAGUCCUUUUGUUCUUCUACUGUUGGCAGUUUAUUGUUUUAAAGGAUAGGCUAUAAUUCAAUAGCACUAAAAUACUACAUGGCUACCAACAACAAGCAAACUUGUUCGUUGCAAUCACCAUUCAAACUGACCUUCCCUAAAUGCUAUUACCAAUGUGACUUCGUAAUCAGAAUAUAUAUUAAAUGAUUUAUAAUUUUCCAACAGAAUUCAUUUAUCAAAAUAGCUAUUUCUCACUUUGUAUAUAGAAACAUCCAUUGUAAUGGCUUGGGAAUUUGUUCAAAAUAAAUCUAUUCUCAGAGUAUUGUAAUUCGGUAGAAUCAGCCAAGGCGCCCGUUUGUAACAAGUUGUCACAUUCUGAACGCAAAUCCUUGUCAGCGGUGAACAUGCUGUUCUCAAAAACUGGUUCAUUCAUCUCAGUAACUACAUGCAGUAAAAAGGGGCAAGUUUCUAAAGAAAGUGUGGCACUGUGUCAGUGGGGGUAUUCUGAGAAAAUUUUGUUGAUAACGUAAAUUGGCCACCCAAAAGAGUCUUUAUAGCUGACGUUCCAAGGGUUAGCCUUACAUCAGAACAAAAUUUAAUGGGAAGCUCCUAGUAAGUUGUGCAUCUAGCUUGAGGUAUAAUGCGCUUCCUUUCCCCCCCCCUUCAAGUUCCAAAACGUGCUGCUGUCUUUGUUUGUGAUAUUAGGUGACUUAAACCCUUUUUUGAAUGUAGUAUCAUCUGAAAUGACAAAUUAAAGAGGCAAUGUAUUAUUUAGCUGUUGGGCUAGCUAACUUAUAAUGGACUCUUGUUUCCAGGUUUGGAUCAUUAUUGUAGAACAGCAUUCACUGUUGUAAUUGAACAAAUCUUGUUCAAGACAAAGGAUGCCUUCAGCCAAGCAGCAAACCAUCCUGCUCGUGUGACACUGGAAUUCCAUGAAGCCCACAAGGAAUUCACCCAGAAAGGUUUGUAUCUUUACCCUUUAAGUCCCAAGAUCUGAUUGUUAAGUCUCCCCACUAACUACCACACAUUUCUUUGCAAAUUACUUACAAGAAUUUGGUGUUAGAUCAAGGUAGCAACUUUUACCCAAUAAGUUUGAGUAUUCUCAUUACCUGUUUUCUGGAUAAUGUACUGACAUUAUAGAGAGAUGUGACAUUGUACAUGUCACUCACUCUUGGGAGUUUGAGGGUGAUGUGCUGAUCAGUUGGAAGCUGAAACAUCCCCCCUCAACCAGGCAACCCAUGGGCAUUUUGACUGUGGUCCAUGUCUGGUGGAUGGGGAAUUUGAACCUUGCCUGGCUGGGAUGGGGAGUUUGAACAGGAAGUGUCAAGUCCUCUCAGUGGAAUACAAGUGUUAUAUCUAUAUAGAGGUGUUUAAAGGUAAAUAGUUCACUUUUGGAGAGAAUGGCUCAGAAAAAAAGGUUUCUAAGCUCUAGGUUAUAGAGCUUGGUCAUUGUGUAGAAAGUAAUGGUUGCUGAUUUUGCCUUUUUAAAAAAAAUAGUAUGGGGCAAUUGAACACUUCUUCAACUACUUUUAAACCAUUUAACUCAGCAUGAGUGACUAGGAUAGAAUUUCUCCUUACAAUAUCAAUACAAAAUCAAGCAGACAAGAGAUGAGAAUAAAGACAAAUAUUAACUUAAGGAUUUUUAGUUGAUUCAAUACCAAAUUCCAAAUUCUUCAAACCAACAUCACAAGAACUAUUGCAGACAGUGAGGAGAAUUACUAAUGAGAUCUUGGGAGUUAAAGGGUUAAGUUAAGUUACAUUUUUCCAUUUAAAAGAAGUACUCUGUUUCUUCUUCACCUGACAUCUAUAUACAACUGUGUCAAGAAAGGUCGAAAAAAGCGUGAGAGUGCACGCGACAACCCCGAAAGGUACUGUGGGUAGUUUUUAGGUCACGUUUCCUCAACCUUAGUAUUUCGGGGAAAUCUGAGAAAACGUCAGUGUAAGAAAGAGGCACAGCUGGUUUGAUGAAUGAAUUUAUUUGUCUAUUUCACUUAUUAAAAUUCAUUGAUUUUGAAUACCCAAAUUACCUCUCAAUAUUGUCGCGUGCACUUUUGUCCUUUUUCCGACAACCUUGAAAACAACAUUAUUAAUGUAAAUUAAAUUAAAUUUCUAUUGCGCAAAUACCAACGUAAAAUUUUCAUUUGCUUUCAGCUUUAGCGAUGUUUCUUGGCUGGCUGUUGAUGUCAGCGGUUGGCGCUAUUUUGCAGUUCAUGUACACUGCACAAGAAAUCGACACAGAAUUAUUCAUGAAAAGCUGCGGCUGUGGCUGUAAUAAUGAUAGUGCCGUGCCUAAUGAUAAAGGUGUCCGCUACGUGGUCCUUCCUCCACCCAAAUUGAGAGCAUUUCUCCUUCAUCAAAAUGACACUAGACCUUUGAUGAAAGACUCCUGGGAUGACAUUACUCAUGUUGAGUUGAAUAGCAGAGGAUCGGGAGCAAGUCGACAAUGGUUGCGUUAGAUACACUGUGUUAAGGGACCCUGAAACUAGUCUAGGUGUCACGCUACUAGCGGGAAGAAACAUUGCGUUAGACAACAUUGCGUGACUUAUAACUUUUUUUUCAUUCUGUGAUAUAUAAGAGUUAUUGACCAAUCUUGAGGCCAGGAUAGCUGGAUAUUGGCCGAGUUUUUUCGCUUUUUUGUCCUGUCCCCUGGACCGAACGAGCUUGG